AUGGAGGAGUGUAAGCACUCGGGCGUUGAAGGAAUAAGUGGGCAGAAAGCCAGGAUUUUGACUGGCCCUGAGUUUGGCAGGCUGAGGGAUUGUUUUAAGCCCAGGCCAAAGUCUUCGGUUAAGAGAAUUCUGGAGGAGAAAGAUCACAUCAAGAAUAUUGAAAAUUUUAUGGAAGACAUGCACCUAAAGUCGUUCAAAAAUAGCUUCUUUCAGAAAAUCAAGUUCUUCAUCGUAGUCUUUUCUGUGGUGAUUGUUGGUGUUGGAAUUGGUAUUCAUUUCUACAUGGAGGAUGACCCUAGCACAGAAAUAGGACGGAACCGCUGAUUGUUUUCAGGACUGAUCAUGGCGAUGUUUUAUAUUAUUUUGGAGUAUUUUCCAUCCUACCAUGGAGUCAUCUGCCCAGCAAUCCUAAUUUAUGGAUUUAUAUGUGUUUCAGAUAUCUAUAAGAGCUCAGAUAGGUAUUUGAUGCAUGAAUAUGCACUCCCUACUAUUGGUAAGUAUUAGAACUUUUUCUACUUUUGAGAGAUAGAGCUGAAUUUUUAAGUACCACCAGUGAACAAGAAAG